GACCGUCGACGUGGAGCUGCACUCCGGUAUACUCGGAGCGGCGUAUCUAGUGGCGGUGCGCGCAGGUGGAAGAAGGUCGGAAGGUUACGAGAGCGCAGACGCCGACUGAAAGCAUCGAGGAUAGCACCCGGCGCGAUACCGAAGUACCGGACAGAGCUAGCUCGCCCGCAUUGCCGUAUUCGUCUGCCAGCGUGUCAGGUCAGCAACAGCCAGCGGGGAGGACGGCGUACUCGUCGGCGGGUGUCCAGCGUCGUCGAGCAGCGUAAUCUCGCGGGUUUUCCGAUUUCGCGAGUACACCGCUUGGCCGCGGCGAGCGAGAUCAGAUCGGCGAGCCGUCGGCACAUCGGCGAUUUGGAAAAGCGUUGCCGUCGCUUUCCCGCGCUCAGCACGCGCACCAACUCCGAACUCACCGUCGACCUUGUGUGACCUGCUCGACCACGAACCCCGCGGCACAAAUGAUGAAGGGCCGUCAUCAGUUCCGCCGUCGUUUCAGCCUGCAGCCUUCGUCGCCCCUGAAAGAGGGCCAAGAAGAUGGAACGACGAAGAAUGUCAGAAAUGACAGACUAACGGAGUCGGAUAGCGGGGGCGGAAAACCGGCCGAGAGCACGAUUCGGCACAAGAUCGUCGUGAUGGGCGCGGCGAAGGUCGGCAAGUCAGCCAUAAUCAAUCAGUUCCUUUACAGCACCUUCACCCCCAAGUAUAAGCGCACCGUCGAGGAGAUGCAUCAUGGUGACUUUAACCUUUCCGGGAUCCACUUGACUCUCGAUAUUCUCGACACGUCUGGCUCGUACGAAUUCCCCGCGAUGAGAGACCUGUCGAUCAAAUCGGCCGACGCUUUCGUUCUGGUCUACGACGUCAACGAUUCCAACACGUUCCUCGAGGUGAAGACCCUUAGGGCCCAGAUACUCAAUACGAAGGGCGCCGUACCAAUCGUGGUCGUCGGUAACAAGAUCGACCUUGUGGAGGUAAAGCAGGAGGUGGAGUCCGAGAGUACGAGAGACCUGGUGACCAUCAAGUGGGAGAACGGCUUCGUGGAGGUGUCCGCGAAGGAGAACCUCAACAUCAGCCAGGUGUUUAAGGAGCUGCUGAUCCAAGCGAAGCUCAAGUACAACCUAAGCCCGGCGCUGCAACGUCGCCGUCGGCAGUCCCUGCCGCCCCCGCAGCACAACUCGCGCAACAGCAGCAGCACUCACGUACCGUCCGCAGCUCAGCUGCAGCACCUGCAACAGAUUCGCGAGCGCUCCGAGUCCAAAAGGAACUCCUGCAUCCUGUCGUAAAGAGCGAGACCCUCGCGAGAGACUUCCCUCCUCCAUCCGAUGAUCCCGCGAUGAGCACGCGAUUAGCGCCGGAAUUUCGUCUUGGAGAAUCGUCCGGGUGCAGCGCGCGACAGGUGGUUGAUUAGCUUCGGCCGGUCGCUAAGGUAUCUCGUCUCGCGUGGACGUACCGAGGAGGCACCGAUUACGGAACUCGGGCUGCGUCUCUGUGCGCAGGACGUCGCGGCGAUAAAUCGAUGUACUCGUCGGUACCCCGAGUGUCAAGCGACAUCGACGCGGAACGCGCGUACUCGAGGGAGUCUCGCGCCCCUGGCGUCAAUCGUUUCACUUACAUGUCGAAGUACGGAUCUUCUACGAGGAGUGGUACUUGAACGAGAGAACAAGCGCGACACACAGCGCGCGCGUGCGACAAAUGUUUCUACCUAAUUUGGAAACUUGAAGAUCCUCCGGCAAGCUCCGGUUCUCUAGCGUUCUCGGCGAUCACGCGAACCGUGCUCCGUCGGCCCGAGGGUCGCGUGUGUCGCGAAACUUCCUUCGGUAUCUGUAAAAGUAUUAGAAUCUUGUCUCGUGAAUAGCUUAGGGAAAAACGACGUUCCGAGAGAUAGGAGCACUUUCGUUCGACCUGUGAGAACAUUCUCGUCGACUUCGAUGAAAUGCACACGAAUGCGCGACUUCCUCGAAAAGGUAUAUAUCGAGUGAACCGAGUGCGACGAUACGUCCGGCGAUGCGAAUAAUAAGAGAAGCACGAUGUGGACAUACCUUGUGUAAUCGCUUCCUCCCUUGUGAUAACUGUCCGUUCGGAGAACGAGCGAUUUCAAAGAAUCAAUUUCGAUCGGUAUCGUGCGAAGCACCGUUCGUUUCAUCGAGAGCACACGAGAAGGGCACUUUAUACACGUAGGUAUAUCGGAUUCUAUUAAUGACUCUCCUUUGCAACCGGCUUGCAAGCGAUUUGCUCUUCAGCGAUUCGCCGCGAACACGAGACGGAUGACAGAGCUAUGACAAGCAAGACGCGACCCUGAAACGUCGGCGCGUUUCGUAGUAAAACCGAGAGAUCGAACGUUCGAGAAUUAGAUUUGUUCGAUUGAAAGAUCCUAUCCGCGCGAAACUACUUCUAUCCGCUCUCGCGCACGACGAGAGAAAGGGUAAAAUUUAAUUAAAAGUUCAAAUCGGGCUGAUUCCAGUCGCGAACUAGCGAUAAAUCGGAUCAGAGGCGCACGCGAAUCGUGUUACAGCCGACAGAGUUACGAACGCAAAAUUCGAAAUAAUCUUCGUAUUUAUAUAUAGAAAAGAAAAUUAUAUAUGAA